AUGGAUGCUCCGAGGCCCCAGGCCCAGAGCAGUGGGAGCGGGAAAGCCAUCGACAGCAACCUAGAGACCUCAAGCCAAGCUGCGGGAAAAGGCAUCUCCAGCUCAAGUUCCGGCCAGGCCAAGCGGUCCACACGCCCCCCAAAAGAAGCAGCAAAGCCAAAGGCAGUUCCCAAUGCGCCGGGACAGCGGUUCCAGUGCCCACGAUGCCCCAAGAAUUUCAGCCGUAUUGAGAAUCUGACGCGCCACCAAGCAAACCACGAAGAGGUGGGUAAAUUUGCCUGCGUGGUAUGCAGGAAACGUUUCACAAGAAGCGAUUUGCUCAAUCGGCAUCGCCGCAUACACAAUCCCCAGCCGGAAUCGUCCAACCCUCACGGGACCGUAGUGGGAUACAGCUCUACUUCGCCACCCCAGCCAGAUGUUGAAGACCUUAGCAAGCAAUCCAUUCAAGAUGGUGCUCAGUCCACUUUCCAAGAAACCGUCGGCGGCCCUGUAACUCAUGGCUCAGAUGAUGUCUAUAACCAGAUGCGUCAGGAGCCAGGUGCCUUUAUUGACCAAGGCCAUGCCGCUCACGCUGGCUAUCAAAGUCUGUUGCCGCCGGACGACGUCCAAAAUCCCCAUUCAUUAAUGGUCCCUAGCAAUGCGGCCCAAACCCAGGGUCUCACGAGUCUUAUGGAAGCGGCAUUGACACCACAGGAUGGAUAUACUUUCACGCCAGCGGAAAAUUUUAAUCCGUCGUUAUGGGGUGGCUUCAUGCUUUUCAGUGAUAACUCCAAUGCAUAUAUGGGCUCCUAUGAUGCAGAUAUAUCUUGGGCGCUGGGGUCCUCCAACACGGGGUCGUCUCCUGAUAAUCACCAUGAGCACGACACGAUGCAUGCAGUGGACAGUUUCACUGAUAAUCCGUACCAGUACCAAGCGGUCCCGUAUCGCCAAGAUGAUGUCAGCCAUCUUGACGCUGCUGAUAACGAGGAUGAAGAUACGAAUGACUGGCCGGAUAAAGUGAUCAAUUCAAGCCAUGCUCAGCAUCGAGCAUCUCGCAUUGUACCACUUCACUUGUUGCCCGUGUCCUGGCAGUUAGUACUUGAUGAAGCCAGAAGCAGUGGCCUCGACGCCACAACAAUUCGACCCUACCAGCACAUAAACAACCCCUUGCACGCCUCCUUACUCUCUGCCCUUGACGGGGCUAAUUACAGGAAUGAGAUGUCCCGGCCAGAGAUCAGUGAUGCCAUGUUCCCGCCCGCCGAAGCGCUGGAUUUCUUCCUUCGACUUUAUAUCAGAUACAUCCAUCCAAGGUUUCCGGUUCUUCAUCUUCCAACGUUUGAUAUAUAUAACUCUCCACCCCUCCUUCUCCUUGCAAUGAUGUUUCUUGGGUCUAGUCAUUCUAGAAGCGACCGAGGACGCUUUUCCCGUGUGUUUUAUGAUCAUCUUAGAAUUGCUUGUUUCCGCAUGCAAGAAGUUGAUUCCAAAUUUCUGCGUUCUGUUGAUAACAUCUUGACGUAUUUCCUCCUCUGCUUGGCCGGUACUUGGAGUGGGAGCAAGCAAGCUUAUGAAUUUGCUGAGGGCAGUCGAGGGAUACUUAUUACGGCUUGCAGGAGAUCCCGCCUCAUGGAUUGCAGACCUGCAGCUAGGGUGGACGUAAAGCACUUUCAGCGUCCUGGAAUAAGUCAGCUAGAUGCUUUUUGGCUGGCAUGGGCGGAAACGGAAAAGAGGAAGCGGCUUGGCCUGUCAAUAUAUAUAUUUGACUGUCAAUAUCCUGCCCUAUUCAACAACCAGCCGUAUGUAAGCAAAGCUGAAACUACCAACUGCGUGUUUCCAUGCCCCGAAGAAUACUGGGAAGCAGCCACCUCUGAAUCAUGGGAAAUGCUUGUUGGCGUCGUAGACGGGCCACCCCCGACUUUUUACUUACACGCACUUAACGCAUGCCUACUCCGCAAAUGGGUGAAACCACCUCCACCGAUUCCAAAGACUGGGGGAGAUUUCGGCAAGAUCGUUCUCAUCUACGCUAUCCAUACUCAUAUAUUCGAAUGGCGCCAAUCGACUUCCAUGCUGAAUCCCACCGGGUUAAUGGGCACAUUUGGAAACUCGGCGAUGCCGAUCGGCGAGGGGUUGAAAGAGCGGCGCCGCUGGCUAGUCGAUGGCCUCGACAGCUGGGCAGAAUGCUACCAGUCAUUGGGAACGAGUGUGGCGGCAUCGCUACUUCAUCGUUUAGGAUACAUCGCCCUUGAUGUAAGCCUCUCUGAUAUGCAUCUCGUCGCGGGGCGAUCAAACAAUCUCAACGACGGCAAUUUCGCCGAAGAGAAUCUCAAGCACUGGGCCAACAGCGAGAUGGCCAAUUCCACAAUGUCCCACGUAUACAGCAUGUUAGAACUCUGCCAUCACUGCAUCAACGCAGGAAUGGUGGCGGAUAGCUCGUAUGAAGUUGCGGUGUGUCUUUUCACAGGUGGCAUCGUAUGUUGGGCGUAUGCGAAAUUGAAGACCAACGCGCCGAGGGGACAGUAUAUCGAACAGGUGCAGAAAGCAAGUGCGGCGCUGGGCCAAAUGGGCUGUUGGAGGAUGUGUCUGAUGUUUGGGAGGAUUUUGAACAGUUUUGAGGCGCAAAUGGCUACUUAG